AUGGAAGACUCAUCAACUACUGCAAGCCGUAACAUGGACUUUUCAAUGUCUGUUAGUAGUAGGUAUCAGGGUUUAAUAGACAUACCCAUAGGCACUCAAGUAAUUGAUGCGAUGGUUUCAUUUUUCAAUUACCUUGAUAACUACGCUCCAAGAAUGCCAUUUUUGUACAAUUUUGUAUCAGUUGUAAGAAUGCUCCAAUUGAUUGGCGGUGCGUUCAUGGCAGCAAAUAACGAUAUCUACGACCCUAAUACUAUCACAUAUAAAGCGAUGAGUAUCCUCACAUUUACAUUUCACUUAAUUCCUGUUCAAUAUAG